AUGGUGGUCAGAAAGAAGAAGGGGCUGCGGCGAAGCAGCAGGAACAAGCCGAUCAAUGAUUCGACAUUUCCUCGCGUGCUGGUGCUGACCUUUUAUUUCUUGGUUGUGUUUUCGGUGUUCCUGGUCUCGAAUUCUGUCAGGCAAUCGACGUCGCUGUCCCAGGGGGCAGCGAUCAUCGACAACGUUCAUUUUCUCGAUGGUCCGUCCCUCAGAAACGCGUUCUGGACGACGCGGGUCGGUGGCAACAGCAACGGCAACAGCAACAGCACCGGCAACGAGAGGGUCCUCGGGUCGUCGCCCUCGAUCGCCGUGUCACACACCACGCCAGAAACACCUGCGGAAAACGAAUCCAAAACUAAAUCGCCCUCGAUCGCCGUGUCACACACCACGCCAGAAACACCUCCGGAAAACAAAUCCAAAACUAAAUCCUUGGUGGUAAGCUCGGCGAGUGUGGCAACCAUUUUAAGCAGGAAUCAAGACAACAAGAACAACGACAACGACAACAACAACAACAAGAAAAACAAAAACUCGCAGAACGUCAGCCUCGAAUACUCCUGGAGCUUUGACCAAACCCGAUCCAGCGCGGACAAGGGCAGGCGCAUCCCCAGCAAKCAGGCCAUGGACCACUACAACGCCCUUCGGUCCACCGAGGCGGCGAAGGAACCGGACGGAGACAAUUACAUUGUCUACCGGGCCUGCUGCGGCCUCGGGCACAGGCUUCUCCGGAACGCCGCCGCGGUCCGCUACGCCAGGGAAAAGAAGGCCAGGUUUUUGUGGGUGGAGUGGACGAAAAAAGAGCACGKAAUGUAUCCCAAAACGGCCUGUGGCUUUGAGAGGCGCGAGGUGGGGUACCUCGACCUUUCCGAGUACUUCUUUGGGCCCGGCCCGAUCGUGCUCUUGAACGAGACCGAGGACGAGGCCUACGAGAACAAAUACCUCCCGCUUCCCAAWACCUACGACCCCAAGGUGCUGGAGACACGGAGGUUUUACGACGCCUGGCAAAAGAAACACAGCCGGAAGAAACCCGACCUGUGCCUCAACGGGGCCUCGAAUUACACCGCAAGAUGCUUCGGAYGGCAAAACCACCGUGCCGCGGGAAAGGAGGACGAGCGGUACUGGCGGCAGAUUCGGUCCCUCUACCGCUUCAACCACCGGGCGAGGUCCUUUGCGGAGCACAACCGGUUCUCGGAGCGGAUCGUCCUGGGGGUCCACUUCCGGGUCGGGAACAACGAGACGGGGGACUUCUCCCAAAAGGGCCGGGGGAUGGCGGGCGUAAGCCUCGAUAGCUACAUCGAAAACCUCUCAAGGACACUCGAGCAGAUGGCCGCCAGGAUACGAGAGGCCCAGAAGCAAUCGGGGGCCCACGAGAGCGGCGGCAACGAUCUCCACAAGCUGCCCCCACUGGUCUUUGUGGCCACCGACGACGUGUCGGUCCUCCCGUUGCUGGAGGAGGCCGUGAAACCCCACGGCAUGGUCGCGGUGAGCCUCCCCCAGAUCCGACUGCCCAAGGGGACGGGGGUCAGCUACGGAGCGAGUUGGGACACMAUCGAGGAGUGCAGGGAGGGCUGGAACGCUCAGAUCCUCGACAUGGUCCUGGUGGGGGCCGCCGAUGCGGUAAUCGCCACCCGGUACUCCUCCUUUACAAUGGCCAUUCCCCUCAUGGCGGUCUUCUCGGACUCGCUGCGGGGCCRGGUCCCAGAGGGAAGCACRCCCGAAAUCGAGGCCCGAAAGAUCGAGGAGAGGGACCUGCUCGGUUCUGUUUCCCGCGACGAGCCGGGAAAGGUCCGCAAUGCUUCGGUGCGGUUCGCCCACCGCCUCUUCUGCGAGACCUCGAAGAAAGGGGACGCGGUCAGGUGCUACGACGACUACCAGGACUGGGCGAAGCACGAGAACGGGUUGUUCGUGCCGUCGSAAGAGGUGUUCCAUGCCGCAGAUAACAUGAUCGUCUUUAGAAAAACCGUUAUGGGAAGGUGCCCGUGAUGGCUGGAGACACGAAUAUUUGGGUUUGGGUUUUUAUGCCGAAGCCGGACGCCAUGCAUUUUUCCCCGAUUGUACCGUGCGUGCAUCACAUUACGAAUUAGAAUGAAAUAAGAACUAAUGACAUCCGUUUGAUAGAAGUUACGAAUCGCCAUGAAUGAAGCAACAUUGCGACGAACCGGACGUAAAAAGGAGCGAACAAGGGUUGUAUAAUUGGUGCACUACACCGGAGAAACCAUCUAACAUCGAAGACGAAUUGUCGCGAUGUGAAYGUACAAUUUGUACUAAAGUCUGUGGAAUGCUUCCGUCCAGACCAAAAUGCGUAGGUGUGUACCAAAAAGGUUCAAUAGCUGGAGAAAUUAGUAAACGGCUUCCGUAUGAGUGAUCAAAUAACAAUUUACUUUACUUCUAGGUUUUUGCUAAGAAUAAAAGAGUAUUCCCUUUCGCGCGAAUACUCAACUGACGACUUCUAGAUGAAGCUGUCAAGUCUACAUCGCUAUCGAGGUGAAGACAGCCGCCAUCCAUGCUUUCACGGUAAGCAUGAAAAGAGACGUAUCCAAUAACGAAGAUUUAGUGGUGAAACUCGCCGGCACGUGCUACAUGAGAUUGCUCGGAUCGACGGUUAUGGCGGUCUGAUUCUAUGGUGGUGCAUAAAGAAAUAUUUUCAGAACGAGAGCGAGUGAAUAGAUUCCAUCGAAUUCA